UUUAGUCUGUCAUAGAAAGCAAAAAGGAACAUUUAAACGCACACCGUUCAAACAUUAUAAUGCAUUUUGAAUCAAAACAAGAAGUUUAUGUGAAUAACGAACAACUAAUUUCUAAAGUUGGUAGUAACAAUGUCGAUAUCAUCAGGGAAUGGUUAUCGAAGCAACUCCAUUUACCAAAAAUAUCAGACAAGCAAUUGGUGAUAUUUUUGAACUGCUGUCAGUGUAAUCUGGAAGCGACAAAAAAAAUGAUAGACGCAUAUUAUACUAUGAGAACUCACAAUCCCGACAUGUUUCACAAUAGGAAGAUUUCUGAACUUGAGAAAACUUUCAACAUAUUUUAUUUUCACAAAAUGCCGUUGCUACCAGAUGGCUCCCGAGCGGGAUUUUCGCGUCUGCGAGACUUCAACUCUAAUCUUUUUAACACAUUAGAUACUAUACGGCUUGUAUUCGCAAUGUAUGACAUAUGCAUCGAUGAGGAUCCGCUAGCGCCCGGAUGGAAAUUCGUAAUGGACAUGACUGGAUUCUCAGUUGGUCAUUUGACUAAGCUGACCAAUUUAACUCUGAUGAGAAAAUGCUUGGCCUACGUGCAAACGGCUCUGCCAAUGCGUUUAACAGCCAUCAUCAUGAUAAACGCUCCACCAUUGACUAACCAAUUGAUGAUGUUUUUAAAACCAUUAAUGCACAAAGACUUGUAUUCACUGAUUUCAAUACACUCAGUGAGUGACAUGGACAGUGUUUACCAAUCUAUUCCGAAAGAAUACUUUGCCAGCGAUAUUGGUGGAAAAGCCCCUUCUUUUGAAGCCCAAAAAGAAGAAUCACUGGAACGUUUUAAGACAUACGAGAGUUUUUUUGAAGACGACGAGAAAUUCAAUCGUGUAGACGAAAACAAGCGGAUCGAUAAGAAUAAUCAAUGUAAUUCGUUAGAUUAUGGACUUGAAGGAUCGUUUAAAAAAUUAGAAUUGGAUUAAGAACUAUAGUUUUUUUUUUUUUUUUUAAACAAAUUUAUA